UCCCUUUCUCUUUUUGAUAAAAUAACGUAUCUCGCUCGGCGGUUCUUCCUCUCGUCUUUUCUCACCAUCGCGAACAGAGGAGUCGCAGCAGAUUUGAUCCGAAUCCUAGGGUUUUGGUUCUUCCCUCUCCCCCGAAUAUCCGCGAAACCCUAUUCUUCGGAUCAGGUCUCAGAUUCCUGUUCUUUGCCCCUAUUAUCAACCGAGUUUCAUGUCUGAGAUUGACACCCAGAUUCCUACUACCUUCGAUCCGUUUGCUGAUGCGAAUGCUGAGGACUCAGGUGCCGGAUCAAAGGAGUACGUGCACAUCCGUGUUCAGCAGCGGAAUGGUAGGAAAAGCUUGACAACUGUGCAGGGGCUGAAGAAAGAGUACAGCUACAGCAAGAUACUUAAGGACCUUAAGAAAGAAUUUUGCUGCAACGGCACUGUGGUUCAGGAUCCUGAACUGGGGCAGGUUAUCCAGCUUCAAGGUGACCAGAGGAAGAACGUCUCCACCUUCCUUGUUCAGGCUGGGCUGGUGAAGAAGGACAACAUUAAGAUCCAUGGUUUCUGAGCUGUUUCAGAAUCACUAAGAGAUAGGAUAGGGGGGGCGGCCGGGCUGCUCAAAUGAUGGUUCAGAGUCUGGUCGACCCAUUUUGUUUGUUCUUGGUUGGGAUCUAGGGUGGCUGUUUUCGGAAACGGUUCGGGUUCGGGACGGAAAUGGAUCGGUUUGGUUCUGAAUUUGUUUUCAAAACUAUAAUUUAAAAUUGUUUUGAAUUUCGAAAAAGUUAACUUAAAAUCGAAAUGAUAUACGAUAAAUUUGAGGUUAAAAUGACGUUGAUGUUUGUUGUA